AUGAAGUCCAUCGCAGCCGCCGCCACUCUCCUCAGUCUCCUCCACGGAGCCACCGCCUCCAUCACCUGGGGCACCAUGUGCACCGGCACCGAGUUCACGGGCACCUGCACAAACUACCAGAGCACCAACGUGAACCAAUGCAUCUCCUUCGCCGGCAAGGACGCGAGCUGGAAUGAUAAAGUCCAGUCGGUCAGCGUGUGGGAUGGCAAUGUCUGCACCUUCUGGAUAUUUGAAGACAACAGCCAUGCAAGAUCAUCCCCGACCAAUCAGUUCAUCAACGCUGCGUCUCAGCCACACCAUCAACGUAUCCGCCUGACCGAGUCAGGCCUCCAGCUGUUCCAUCACACUGCGUACGCCAGCCUUAUCCCCUCUUCGUGGAUCAUCUCCUUCCCCCAUCAUCCGCAUAACACCGCAACCCGACUCAAGAUGACUAAUUACCCCAGGCUGAAAGGCCUCGCACUCUGGGGGGGCAGGAACGAAGUGGUGAGUCUCCCCCCGCCUGAUCGGUCGAGUUCGGUCCCUCAUCAGUGGACCGCGUUAUACCUCGCUUCUCGCCCACUCCCCGCCAAGGUCUCUGCCAUCCACUUCGAUAUUACCAGCCACGAUCAGGGAUAUGGGAACCCCCAGAAUGGGCUCUGGUCCUGGUUCGAAGUCUCGAUUUUAGGCGCCUGGGCCGAAGAACCCGAUCCCAACUUGUUCCACGACUUGAGUGACCCGGCCUACGUCCGAUCGAGUCCAGAGGAAUUCGGCGAGUGGAUUCAGGAGCAAGGGCUAUACUUCAAGAAUCUGCCCAUGGGCCAUGCCCAGUCGAGUGGAGAUAUCAGCACGACCCUGGUGAAGAAUAAUCUUCAAUCCCAAUGGCAGCAACAAGUCGUGACCUGGAAGCGAGGCGGGAAUGAAGAUGAGAAGAGCGCCGAGCACUUUCUGGACCUCAUCGAGGAAGGCGAUCGGCUGGUGAUCUGGGCAAGAGUGCGGUUUCCAGGGUGGAGAAAUGUGGUCAAAGAAGCUCAAAUAACGAUAUCGGCUCCGGUUCUGAUGCCAGAUCAUGGGGAAAGUUGCGAGAAAACUAGGAUUGCAACACCCACAAGUAUCACGCCAAGGCCUCAUGCUAAACGCAAAACUAUUCAACAAUUCAUCCAGGAACAAGCGCUAUUGGCUCUCGGAAAUGCAGCAGUGCAGACCAGGGAUGCCUUUAUCGCCUCUAUGAAUGCUGACAAGAAUUGGUGGACUUGUAUGGAUCCAAAGAGCGGGAGAUCCAGACACCAGAAGUCAGAUACAGCCACCGAACGAAUCCUCCGCAAGAAGGAAGAACUGUCGAGACUGCCGGAUAAUGACCCUGGAAGGGCAGGUGUCUUGAGAAGUAUUGCAUUUGCGUACGAGGCACGACAACCCGCCACAAGUCAAGAGGAAGAGGAAAGUCUCAAUAAAGCAAUCGAAUACUCCCAAUUGGCAGUCCAAGCUAAGCCAGAGCAGCUCGCGUAUCGGAUGUUCCUGAUUAUGAACCUGCAAAUACGAUAUGGACGAGCCAAGCAAAGCACAGACCUCGACCUGAUCAUCACCGAAAUCGAGUCAAUCGAGGCUCUUGGAGGGCAUAGUAAUUUCGUCUUCUUAUUGGGAUUUGGUGCUUUCUAUAUCACGCGGUACGAUGAGACCGGGAACACAGAUGACUUGCAAAAGGCCCGGGAUAUCUUCAAAGAGGUUCGCCACAUAGUUCCAAAGGAGGAUUUCCUUGUUCAAAUCAUGACAAGUGGCUUGGAAGAGAAGCAUAUGGCGUACAUUCCUGCCGAGCUGGCGAUAGGUGAAAAGGUUGACACUCAUAUCGAUAAUGCGGAGCGAGCUAUUGCCCUCGCGGAGGUCAAUUCAACAAUAUAUCUGCAGCUCCUUCAUAACCUUUGUGAACAAUACUAUCGACGAUACCUUCAAACGGGGCAUAGCAGGGACAUAGAUCUCGCAAUCGCCAGGGCAGAAGAAUCCCUCUCGUUGGAGGUGUCAAAGAACGAUUCGAUAAUAAGGUGGCACACGGCUAAUUACUUCAUGGCGAGGUGGCAUCGUCAGGGACGACGCGAGGAUCACGACAAGGCACAGGAGCUGACAAACACAGCAAUAGAUGCCGCGAUCAGUGGUAGCGCCGAACAAAUAGGGUUCAUCAUACAAAGGGCGGUGUGGAUGGCAACAGAAGAUCCAGACCGGACUGACCAGACACAGGCUCUGCGAGCCUCUAUCAAGGAAGUAGAGAAUAUACGCGCUCAUUCGUAUGAUGGUCUCACUCCACGCUACAAGAAACAGAUUUUAUGUGCGCUUGGUGGACUAUAUAAGGAUCUCUAUGGGUUGACCCACGAUAUCGCCGACCUUGACAAAGCAAUCGACUCAAUGGAGGCCUUCUUUGGUCUGAAUGUUGACGAUACGAGCUCAAAUCGGUUGAUAAUGGGAAACCUCUGGCUCGCGAAGGCCUCUCGCACGAACGAUACUACAGCCUACCGUCGUGGACUGCGGAGCUUCCAGCGAUGCUAUGAAUCUGAUCAAUCAAGCCCUGCCUAUAGAUCGUCGGCUAGAAGACUCGCAGAAGAAAUCAUAUUUCCGCUGAUACCUCUUAUCAGCAGCCGCGACCUGAAGCAUGAUGACAAGACUUACAAUCUGCAAAGCCUGUCCGGUCUCGCUGGUCACACCUGCGUCGCAUUACUUCGGAGUGGCUCUCUGACAGAAGCACUUCUGAAAGUUGAGAUCAGCCGAGGUAUUCUGAUUGGCGAUUUGAUUGACCUUCAAAGAGACCUGUCGAACUUGCACAAGGUGCAUGAGGAUCUUGGCCUGGAAUAUAACAUGCUUCGGGAGAAGGCCUUGCGUGAUAUCCAUGUGGAUGAGCCGCAGCCGACUAACAACCGUCGUGGUGCAUUCCAACUUCUGCAACAGUGCGAGAGUCGCAUCCGUGAGAGGAUGGGCUUUGAGAACUUCCUGCAGCCGGUAACACUUCCGGAUAUUAUCGACUCUUCCCGCGAGGGGCCGAUUGUUGUGGUGAACGUAACCUGCAUGUCAUCCGAUGCUAUUCUGAUCACCCCGGAUUGGAUCAAACAUUUACCGCUCGAUAGCAUGAUCAGCCAUUCUGUACCGCAGUUUCGUCAUCAGUUAUUGCGAAUGCGGUGCACUUGGAAGUCAGGGCCCAGAGAUCUAGAGAGUGAUCUGCCGCCAGAGGCGCAAGAUGUGGAUCUCCUGUCAUGGCUCUGGUACACUUGUGUAAAGCCAAUCCUUGAGCUGCUCGCGUCGCAUAACAGCAUCUCUUCUCGUCACAAAAGCCGAGUCUGGUGGAUUGGCGUGGGUGCGGCGAGUGGACUCCCCUUCCACGCCGCCGGGGACUACACCACCGGUCCUCAGGAUGAGAACACGGCAAACGAGAAUUGUCUCGACCGCGUCAUAUCUUCAUAUACCCCAACGAUCAAGACUCUUCAAAAUUCCCGGCGUAACGCUCAGCGAAGGGCGGCCCAGGCACCCGUCCAGCCCAAGGACAGCCCGUCUCUGUUGAUCGCCACGAUGGCGGAUACCCCGGGUCAUGGCACACUCCAUGGGGUCCGCCGGGAGGCCAAAGCUAUUAUCGAUACUGUCAGACACGCCAUGCAUGUGAAGCAUAUGGCUGAGCCUUCUGCCGACGAGAUUCUUGCCCAAAUAUCGACGUGCCAGCUGGUACAUUUUGCCUGUCACGGGCACUCGGAUCCCGAGGACCCGGCUGAGAGUCAUAUGCUUCUGAAGAAAAGGAGUGGCUCGGGCUUCGUGGUGGACAAGCUAACCGUCUCUCAGCUCCUUGAUCAAGCGACGUCUUGUGCCUGGAUUGCGUAUUUGUCUGCCUGUUCCACCGCGGAGAAUCGCGCCGAGAAGCUGCGCGAUGAGGGAAUACAUGUGACCACUGGGUUCUUGAUUGCAGGCUUUCCGCAUGUCAUCGGCUCCCUAUGGCCAGCAAACGAUCAGGUCUGCGUGUACAUGGCGGCGUUUUUCUAUGAGGCGCUGAUCAGGCGGCUGGCUACUACUCUGGUUGAUCCGAAUCGUGCGGUAGCAGAGGCGGUUCAUGAUGCAACACUUAGAAUCAGACGGCAGUAUUAUGACAGUCCAAUGUCCUGGGCAUUGUAUACCCACAAUGGGGCUUGA